AUACGGCCACAAACUUCCUGUCCUAUGUAUGGAUAUUUCAUCAGAUGGAGAUUUAAUUGUAACUGGGUCUGCAGAUAAGAAUUUGAGGAUUUGGGGCUUGGAUUUUGGCGAUUGCCACAAAUCCAUCUUUGCACAUGCUGACAGUGUUAUGGAUGUUCAAUUUGUCCACAACACACAUUACAUGUUCAGUGCUGGGAAAGAUCGUCUUUUGAAGUACUGGGAUGCUGAUAAGUUUGAGUUGCUUUUAACGCUUGAGGGACAUCAUGCUGCUGUUUGGUGCCUUGCAGUCAGCAACCGUGGUGACUUUGUUGUUACAGGAUCUCAUGACCGGUCUAUUCGCCGUUGGGAUCGUACUGAAGAGCCAUUUUUUAUUGAGGAAGAAAAAGAGAAAAGAUUGGACGAAAUCUUCGAGGCUUACAUGGACGAUACAUUUGAAGACAGAAAUGCACCGAAGGAAGAACUUCCAGAAGAGGGAGCUGUUGCAUUAGCAGGGAAGAGAACUCUGGAAACCCUGACAGCCACUGAUUCAAUUAUUGAUGCACUAGAAGUGGCAGAAGUGGAGUUUAAACGAAUAGCUGAACAUGAGAAAGAUACAACUGCCAAGAUGAUAAAUCUGUCUUGCAGAGAUGAUUUUCAUUUUGCUCAGAAAUGCUUGUUGGAAUAA